CCCCAGAUUUGGGUGGAAGAGGCCCUUUCCACAGCAUUUCAUGACAGAGUCUUCAAGAGGAACCUGUACUGAGAGUCUCUCUGAGAUGAUCGGGCUGCUCCAUCCGGCACUGUUGAGGAAAUUUGGUGAGCGGCCUCCACCUAAACGACUCACUAGGGAAGCUAUGCGAAAUUAUUUGAAAGAGCGAGGGGAUCAAACAGUACUUAUUCUUCAUGCAAAAGUUGCACAGAAGUCAUAUGGAAAUGAAAAAAGGUUCUUUUGCCCUCCUCCUUGUGUGUAUCUUAUGGGCAGUGGAUGGAAGAAAAAAAAAGAACAAAUGGAACGUGAUGGUUGUUCUGAACAAGAGUCUCAACCAUGUGCAUUUAUUGGAAUAGGGAAUAGUGACCAAGAAAUGCAGCAGCUAAACUUGGAAGGAAAGAACUAUUGCACAGCCAAAACAUUAUACAUAUCUGAUUCAGACAAGAGGAAGCACUUCAUGUUGUCUGUAAAGAUGUUCUAUGGCAAUAGUGAUGACAUUGGUGUGUUCCUCAGCAAGCGGAUAAAGGUCAUCUCCAAACCUUCCAAAAAGAAGCAAUCAUUGAAAAAUGCUGACUUUGGUUUAUUCAAACCCGGAUUCCAACAAGGUCCAAACACUUUAAUCUUAUGCAUUGCCUCAGGAACAAAGGUGGCUCUGUUUAAUCGACUUCGAUCCCAGACAGUUAGUACCAGAUACUUGCACGUAGAAGGAGGUAAUUUCCAUGCCAGUUCACAACAAUGGGGAGCAUUUUACAUUCAUCUCUUGGAUGAUGAUGAAUCAGAAGGAGAAGAAUUCACAGUCCGAGAUGGGUACAUCCAUUAUGGACAAACAGUCAAACUUGUGUGUUCAGUUACUGGCAUGGCACUCCCAAGAUUGAUAAUUAGGAAAGUUGAUAAGCAGACUGCAUUACUGGAUGCAGACGAUCCUGUGUCACAACUCCAUAAAUGUGCAUUUUACCUUAAGGAUACCGAAAGAAUGUACUUGUGCCUUUCUCAAGAGAGAAUAAUUCAAUUUCAGGCCACUCCAUGCCCGAAAGAACCAAAUAAAGAGAUGAUAAAUGAUGGCGCUUCCUGGACAAUCAUUAGCACAGAUAAGGCAGAGUAUACAUUUUACGAGGGGAUGGGCCCUGUCCUGGCCCCCGUCACCCCUGUGCCUGUCGUAGAGAGUCUUCAGUUGAAUGGCGGCGGGGACGUAGCAAUGCUUGAACUCACAGGACAGAAUUUCACUCCAAAUUUACGAGUGUGGUUUGGGGAUGUAGAAGCGGAAACUAUGUACAGAUGUGGAGAGAGUAUGCUCUGUGUCGUCCCAGACAUUUCUGCAUUCCGAGAAGGUUGGAGAUGGGUCCGGCAGCCAGUCCAGGUUCCAGUAACUUUGGUCCGUAAUGAUGGAAUCAUUUAUUCCACCAGCCUUACCUUUACCUACACACCAGAACCAGGGCCGCGGCCACACUGCAGUGCAGCCGGAGCAAUCCUUCGAGCCAAUUCAAGCCAAGUGCCCCCCAAUGAAUCAAACACAAACAGCGCGGGAAGCUACACAGACGCCAGCACAAAUUCCACCAGUGUCGCAUCAUCUACAGCAGCAGUGGUGUCCUAACUACUGUCUUUUUGCUAGGACUUGAACUGACUUGAGUGCGGCAAAAAGUUGACAACAAAGAGGAAAAAUAAAUGAACAAUCUUUUGUGGUUUCUUGGGAAAACUUUUCAUACCAGGCGAUACUAUUCAAAACCCGUUACCUGCAAGUGCUGAUUUGAAAUGCAGAAGCCACAGUAAAACAAACACACACAAAAAAUCAAAAUUUAAAAACCGUUGGAAAUCAAGUUUUUCAGCUGUUUUUUUGUUUGGUUGGUUAUUGUUUGUUUUUUUCCAAAUGGGCAAGAAAUAAAUAUGUGGCUGGAAUAAAAGUUAAGCAAACUAGAAGACACAAAUCUAACAUAGUUUUUAUGGACCAAGGAACUGUAUAAGCUUUAGUAAAAGGUACAUUUUCACCAUACCUUUUUUAAUAUCAUGGUAUAUAGUACACCUUGUUACCAAAUAGGUUGUUCUCUUCCCUACCCACCUUUGAGCUUUUGCUCUAAAGUACAUUCAGGUUCUAAGCCUGACCAUGCUUGUUUAAUUACCAUACUCUUCCAGGUAUUUUUGGUCUAAGGCUAGAACUAUUUUUUUUUAAGCUGAAGUCUUAAUGACUUUUCAUGAGUCGAAAUUGUUUUGAUUUCAGCAAGUCAAAUCUUGUAAAGGCCUGCAUAUUUUUUUUAAGAUUAUAUGAAGUCUGUGCAAAAGCUUUAAAAAAAAAAUGCCUCUGCCUUGCCUGCAAUACAUGCAAUGUAUGUUACCUUAGUCUCUAUUCUCAGACACUGUUGGUAGUUAUUUCUGUGUUUUCCUUUUUUAAAAAAUGUAUUUAUAGUGGUUAUCCAAGAGGUUCUGACAUUUACAUGGAAUUCAGUGUGGCCAUUUAGUCAUUAAUGAGUAAAUGGCACAAAACAUGUUGGUGUUUGAAGUGUUCUCUCCCCUUUUCCCAUACGUAAACACAACUGUGUGUUCCAGGAUUUCUUCAGGUUUUUCCCUUUUCCUAAUCUUGUACAUAACUUGUAUUAUGUGUAAGUUAAACAAUUUAUUUUGAACUUCGAAUGUUCCCAGUGAUUUCAUUCAGCAGAGUGUUUUCUGCCUUGUUGGCAAAUGACAAAAAAAAUAUCAUGAGAAGUAUUUGCUACCAAUUUGGUAGAUGGUGCCCUAAGGGUAGAAUGGGGAAAAAUCUCAGCAAAAGCAUGUUUAUUAUCUUUAUUUUUAUUUUUUAUUUUAUUUUUUAUUUUUUUGGUAGCCUAGGCCAGAACAUCAUUGUAAUCUUAAAACAUAAGAUGCUUUUAUUAGAUGAUCAACUAAAAUAGCUGGAAGACAAACAGUUGUAAGCUUAUAAAAAUGAAAAUGUAACUUAUGUUGCCAUUUCUUUCUCUGCCUUUUUUUGUUUUCUUUUCCCUAGUACUGAGCAUCUCCACAAAUGUUUCCUACUCAGAAAACAUUUCUUUUCCUGUCAUUUGAGAUUUGGUUGCAUUCAGGGUUGUGUGUUGGCCUUGCAUGCUAAUCUCACCAGUUUUACAUUACUUUUGUUCCUGCACUUUGGUUAUGCCUUUGUUCAGUUUCUUGGAAAUUGCAGCAGACUCAUUGGGCUACAUUUAGUACAAGAACCAUAUGUAUGUGUUAUAGGAAACAGUCUAGUAAUACAAUCAUCCUUCUUAGAGUAAAAACUACCUCUAGAUAGUGGUAAGCUUUUACUGCCCCAUAAAACAGGAGCCACAGUACCUUAUGAAUACAAAACUGUAACUUCCUAUAGCGUUUCCAUAUAGAACAUUGUCUUUCUGGUGUCCUGGGCUAUUUUGAAAAACUUUCCAUCAAUAGACUUUUUAGAAAUCAUUGUUAGUAACGUUUUCCCCCAGCUUUGCUGUCUUCAUCGCUCACUCUUUUGCUCAGACUAUGCCACUGUAAAUACUCUUCCUAACAUCUUUAAAUUGCCUUUUUCUCAGUUUUUAAGGGGAAAGUAAUUUGUAAAGCAUGUUAGGUGAUUAAAUCCAAGUUAUUGCGGUGUUCUCUUACUGCAAGCCUUUUUAAUCACCCCCAGGCUGCAUUUUACUCUGUAUAGCCUUUUUCUCUUCAAAUCUGCUCCAGUUGCUCACUUCUCUCUUAUAAACUGAUCCUGCCUCACACCUUAAAUCAGUUUCAGUGAUCAAGGGCAGAACUCAUUGUGGCCUUAUCUUUCUUUGUUGUAAACUAUUCACUGGCUCUUAUUUGCAAACGUGCUUGUUUCUGAGUAGUAUUUAUUCUUUCUGUUGAGUCAUGGCGGAAGUCAUUACACAGUUCUUUCCUUCAGAAUGUGGAAAUGUUUUUAGUGCUGCUCUAUUUUUAAUGGGGCAAAGUUUCCUCCACUUCUUAGGUUUGGUAUUUAGUUAAGAAAUCAUAUUAAAUUAACCUAUAACAAAUGAGAUGCUUUUGAAGAACAAACUAUUCCUUACCCAGCUUUGUAACUCAAAAUAAUUUUUCAAGUUCAUGGCUUUAUUAAAGUGAACUUUUGCUUUUUUAAUGUUCAUAUCUUACUUUGGUUCUUUGUUUCUUUUAAUAAGAUAAUUGAAAUAUUAGACUAUAAACCCUUUUCCUGUUUUUUUUCAUUUUUUUUUGAAAACUUCAAGAAUGUACUUACACAGGCAUUUUCCCCACCUAUUGUAUGCCAUUCUCACACCACAGACUAAGGAGUGUCUAUUGUAGCUUAUUGUUUAUCAGUAGUUCUUUUGUCAGCUGCUUUAAAAAAAUCUUUUUCAUGGAUUUGUGAAUCAUUUUUAGUAUAUAAUUUACAGGAACCUUGUUCUCCAAUUAUAGUGGAAUAUGUCCCUCCCCCAAUGAUGGCAUUAUUAGAGAUGCUGGUCAUGUAUCCUCAUAGAGACUCUCUUCUUAGAAUGGUGAAUGAAUGCGUCAGUUACAGUAUGUUUGAUUUUUUAAAAAAAUCUGUUUUGGAAGUUUAUCAUUAUGCUUUCAAGAUUCUAUGCAGUUUCUAAAAAGUAUGCAUAGAAGCUGAGCCUCUGAUCCAAUGCAUUGUUAUUUGUUCUGUUGAAUUUAUCACAUAGAUUGGGAAGGCAAGCUAAAGGCCUUACAUUAGAAAUGCCCUUUAUAUUUUGGAUGAUUUCAGAGUUGAACACUAUUAUAAUAUUUAACCUGCUGCUGACUUCUCUUAAACCGUGGCAACUAAAGGCACUCUCAUACGUGAAUUAAUUAGUGAAAUAUGUGUCACUCUUACUGCACAGACUUAUUUUUGAUCACAACUAGUCAGUUUUUUUGUUUUUGUUUUAAGGAAACUGGUACCAUCUGUGCUUUAAAUCCAAGUUAUUACAGUUUUCUCUUACAGCAAGCUUCACAGAAAAUUUCCAAUGCCAUUUUUGAGAACUAACCUAACUAGUCAUGUUAAACAGAAAAUCUUUUGGGGGGGGGUUCCUUUUUGAAACAGAAUGCUAUUCAAUUAUUAACCAGGUUAUUUACUUUGAUUUCAAAAGCAGCUGUGUUUCUGAUGAGUACUGAACAAAUGUGUGUAAUUUUCUGUGCCAGACUUUUGACUUUGUUUUCAAGCACUGUAAUGUGGGAUGGAUGGUUAGAAACAAUAAUAUAUUAGGGUUUCUAUUUAACCCUUUCAGGACUGAACUGUAUCUCCUUUUAUUAAUUUUUCCCUGUGUCGUGGUAAAUGUUUGCCAGCAUUCAGUACUGUGUUGGUCCAGAUGUAGGUUUAUAUGCUCAUUUUUAGCUUAUUUCUUGUACCUUGCAGCAUGCUCUAAGCAUUCAGUCCUUAAGGGGUUUAUUUUACAAACUGUGCGCCUGUAAGGUUAAUUAGCAAUAAGAUAGAAAAUCGAGCAAAUUUAUACCAUAAUUUUGUAGAAAAAAAGAAUCUGCUCAGUUCCAUAUUUCAUCCAUGAAAAACCUGCAAUACGGGCAGUUUCAAGGAAUAAAUAAAAAGGAAAUGUAAACCAUUGUAAAAGUCUUCUGUUGGAUGUGCCUGAUGCAUGUAUUAAUGCCUUUAAUUUCAGAAUACUUCAUAAAGAUAAAAUUAAAUU